AUGAUGCCGGAUCCCAAACCUUCUCAUUCCCAAAGCUACCCAGACACGGAUGGAUAUUUCGGCCAGUUUGGCGGUAAUCACUAUCCACCUGAGGUUCGACCGGCGCUGGAAGAACUACGUAGCACUUAUGAGGAGCUGCGUCAGUCGCCAGAUUUCCAGCACGCUCUCGACAAGGCGCGGAUUGGACUUCAAGGGCGGCCAACCCCAGUGCACUAUCUCGAGAACAUCUCGAACCAAGUCGGAGGCGCUCGGAUUUUUGUCAAACGGGAAGAUUUGAACCACACAGGCGCACACAAAAUCAACCAUUGCGUUGGUUUCGCACUUCUUGCAAAGAAAAUGGGCAAGACCAAGCUGAUUGCCGAGACCGGAGCCGGUCAACAUGGCGUGGCGCUCGCAACCGCAGCAGCCUAUUUUGGUCUUGAAUGCGAAGUUCAUAUGGGCGGAGUCGAUGUUGGGAAGCAGAGUUCAAACGUCGGUCGCAUGCAGCUUCUCGGUGCACAGGUGGUAUCAGCAACCGCUGGCCAGUCUGCGCUGAAGGAAGCGAGCGACUCUGCAUUUGAUUCAUAUGCCAAACAACAUGAACACGCGCUGUAUGCAAUUGGAUCGGCUAUUGGGCCACAUCCUUUCCCCAUGAUUGUUCGAGAUUUCCAGGCUGUGGUUGGUCAAGAAGCCCGCGAGCAAUUUCUUUCAAUCACCGAUGGCAGCUUACCGGACCAUGUGGUCGCCUGUGUCGCGGGGGGUUCGAAUGCGAUGGGUAUGUAUUCCGGCUUCAUUGAUGAUUCGGAAGUUGUCCUGCAUGCAGUGGAACCGCUUGGUAAAUCCGAUCAACUUGGCCAGCACGCAGCAACGUUAUCGUACGGUAGACCGGGGACGUUGCAUGGCGCCCGAUCAGUCGUGCUACAGGAAGAUGAUGGCACGCCUGCCCAAGUCUCAUCCGUGGCAUCUGGACUUGUCUAUCCUGGGAUAGGCCCAGAGAUGGCGCUGCUGCAUGAAACUGGCCGGAUUUCCGUCGCGAGAAUUUCCGAUGAAGAAGUCAUCAGUACCUUUUUCCGCAUGGCAAAAUUCGAGGGAAUCAUCCCUGCUCUAGAAAGUGCCCAUGCUUUGGCGUUUGCAAUCCAGUUGGCAUCGCAACGUCCUUCGUCCGAACGGAUACUGGUUAAUCUUUCGGGUCGCGGUGACAAAGAUGUCGACUACGUGCUUGAAAAUUAUGGGACUGGUUAA